CCAUCUCCCUAUCUUGUGCAAACAAUGUCAGAGGACGACGACGUACCACAGCUCCUCGACGUCGACGAGCUGCAGGACGGCUCGGACGGCGGCGACGCCUACGACCGGCCAAAAGUGCCCAUGACGCUGCUGACUGGAUACCUCGGCGCGGGGAAGUCUACUCUUCUCGACUAUAUUCUCACCGCGGACCAUGGGUACCGCAUCGCCGUGUGCAUGAACGACUUUGGCGACACGACGGACAUCGAAGCCAAAUCCCUCACGUUCAACAACCCUGACGACCCCAACGCGACAACCGACACGAUGCUCACCCUGCCCAACGGCUGCCUCUGCUGCUCGUUCAAGGACAUGGGUAUCCAGGCCAUCGAGGACAUGGUCGCGGCGCAGAAGGACAAGAUCGACUGGGUCAUGGUCGAGUUGACAGGCCUCGCUGAUCCCGCGCCCAUCGCGCGAGGGUUCUGGGCGAACGAGGAGAUGGGUGACCUCAUUCUUGACUCGAUUGUCUGUGUCGUCGACAGCAAGAACUUUGGGAAGCAACUCGCCGAGGACCGACCAGACAACGAGCCCAACGAGGCGGAGAAGCAGGUUGCCUGUGCGGAUGUCAUCCUGCUCAAUAAGACCGACCUCGUCACGCCAGCAACACUGAAAGAGGUCGCCGACUCGGUGGCGGACAUCAAUCCCACGCUGAGGGUAUUCGAGACUGUCAAGUCGCGUAUGCCGCUCGACUCGCUCUUCAACCUGAAGGCGUAUACGUCCGGAGCGGCAGCUGCCUUGCCAGAGACCGAGUCGUGCUGCGCCAACGGGGAGCACGACCACGACCACGCGCACGGGCACCGCAGCGCCAUCUCGACCGUGUCGAUCCCACUGCCAGUUCUCUCAGCAUCACAAUGGGACAAGCUGAAUGGCUUUCUUGAAGCGCUGCUCUGGGACGGCGAGGAGCGCCCGCCAGGCCUGCAAGACCCGCUGCCCGACGUCCUGCGCACAAAGGGCUACGCGCGGCUCGAGGACGGCUCCGAGCGCGUCGUGCAGGGCGUCGCGGACAUGUUCGAGGUGACUACGCCGCGCGGAGGAAAGCGAAGUGGUGAUCCCGAGCCGUCGCCCAAGAUGGUGUUCAUCGGGCGUAAUGUCGACGAGCGGUUGGGGUAUGCGCUGCGGAGUCAUGUCGGUAUCUAG